CACUUGUAAACGUAGUGGACAGUGGACAAUCACAAAGAUGGCGGCGUGUCAACAAGGCGUACGAACGCAGUUGGGAAAAUGAUUUGAUAAGGAGAAACGGAGGCGUCAGCGAAGAGAGCGUUUCGGACGUGCAUGCGGUGCAGCGGCCGCUCGAGGAGAUGAAGGAGGCCGGCGGGGCCAAGGGGGCGGCCGGGGGGCCGCAGCGCAGCAGGGGCGACCGAUACCUGCCCCAGUUCAAGGAGCGCGUGGUGAUUUUCGCGAAGACUCACACCUUCCUGGAGACGGCCAGGAAGUUCAACGUCCACAACACAACCGUGUCCGACUGGGUGCGGGACUACGACAACAAACAAAAGCUGACUGACGAGCCGCAGCCCGCGCCAGAACUGAUGGACACGGCGGACAGCAGCAGCGCCGACGAGGCCUUCCGAGACUGGCUGCUGCCGUGCGUCAACGACGAAGCCGUCAACUCAAUCACCAGAGAUGCCCUGGUGCAAAAGGCUGAAGAGGCGGUGCGCGACUCGGACACCGCCUCGAACUGGUUCACCACGUGGCUCCGCAGACUGAAGGACGAGACCAAGAAGCAGCGCAGCUGCAACCAUCUGCACUACCCGCCGUGGUUCAAGACUGCCGUGCGCCUUGUGGCCGCCAAUUCCAGUCCGUGGAAAGCGGCGCACGCCUUUGGCAUGUCCCACCGCACUGUCUGCGGCUGGGUCAAGACGUCCACCCAGGACACCAAACUCAAGAUUGAAAAGAGGGAGAGAAAAGAUGGACGCCAAGUCACGGACAUCAACAUUGACAAGCAACUUGUCAAGUGGGUGGAAAUCACAUUCGGCGAUGGAGCCAUCAAGAAGCUGGACGUUCGCAAGAAAGCCCAAGAACUAUUUUCUGCAGCUGGCUAUCAAAUGGCCUGCUCGAACGGCUGGUAUGCUCGGUGGUGCCGCAGGAACAUGGUAAAUACCAAGAAGAAGUUGGCUCUAGAUACGAAAGUUGAGCAUAAGCUUGUGCACUGGAUUCUGACUGAAACUGAGAGGUGGCAGCCCAUGUCGAACAUUCUUUUGAGGGACCAAGCAAUUAAACUAGGCAAACUGACAACAUGCAAUGAUGACUUCAAAGUGUCGAGUUCUUGGCUGUUCCGCUUUUUGCAUCGUUAUUCCUCAAUCUUGCAACCACACCGAAAUAUUUGUGAAGACAUCUAUCCUGAAUUCAUGACUCAAGCUGUUAGCGAGUUCAGAAGGUCCCUGGAGAAAAUGUUCUUCAUCGGCUGUAUGGACGAGCUUCCCAUUAGUUUCUCCUACCCCAUUGCAGAUGCUGAUGUGGAUUUGAGCUCAUGUGGCAUUAACGUAAAGAAAAUGGAACUUCUGCCAAAAUCAUCACCCAAGUACACCUUUGCUCUGUUGGUUCUCUCUGCUCUAGAGGAUGGCCAAGUUUUGCCACCUUGCCUCAUUUUCCCAGACUCGAUCGACUCUUACAAAGACUGUCCCGAGGUGAAGUCGAACCUUGUGCGCAUCAAGUCCCAGAAAACCAUGGUGAUGGAGACUGAGAGCUUCAGGCAGUGGAUCAAGGAAAUCUGGUUCAGCCACAUCACAGUGCCUAAUGCCCUGGUUGUCGACUGCCUUGAUUCUCACAAUGAUGAGUUUGUGGCUGAUGCAAUGGAAAAAAUGGCAUGCUGCUUGGCAAUCAUGCCCAACGGGUGUUCCAACAUCUUGCAGCCGCUGCAAAGAGGAGGAUUUUCUGAUUGGUUCAUGAAUGGAUUGCGAGAAAAAUGGUUGAAAACAACUGUGCCCGAGAAUUUGGCUGUCCCAACACCUCGACAGCUCAUUGAAUGGUCUGCGGAGCUGUACAAGCAGUCCCAGGAUUCGCAACAGCAGGAAAUGGUCAUUCAAGGCUUCAAGCUGGCUGGUCUGCGAAGUGACCCGUUGUUCUAAAAGGAAGGAGUAUCAAAGCUUGAGAGUAAAGAAAAAUAUGGUGAGAAAAAUUGUUGAUUCAAUAGGAUUUUGGCUGAUGACGAAAUUGGGUGUCAAACAUCUAAACUUUCAAAACACACUGUUUUAAUUAAUUAAUCUUGGAAUCUCUUUUUUAUGAGGUUUGUUAAGAGUUUUUCGUGAUGGCUGAUUUGGGUUUUUAAAACCAAUUUUGAUGAACGACUGAUAGAAAAUGACGAGUGUGUCUCAAACAUUGUAACCUCAAAGGAUGGUUAAAUUGAUUAACAAGUCUUUUACAUGCAGAAGCAAUCCAGAGGAUUGGAAACAUUUAUAUGAUGAUCAGAAUUGAUUUUGUUCAUUUGGUUUAUUUACAAGAAUUAUAAAUUGCGCUGAAAUUCACUAACAGGGGGACUCGUGUGCUGGCAUGUUAAUAAGCCGGCAAUUAAUUAUAUUAAUAGAAAACACAGCUGAUAUCGUGAGUUCCUUGUUUAAAUCUUAAGUGAGAGGUUCAAACGUUUGCAAUAACAGGAUUGUGAGAUGAAAAGAAUGACCAAGUAAUCGAAUUACUUGUCAGAUGUGAUAUGCAAAGUUACAAACUAAAAUGAUAAGGAUGAAGGCCUGAGGCUGGAAAUCUGACACGUUGGAUUAUGCACACGAGAGAACCCUAUUGCAAUUUAUUGCGUGUUGGCGACUAAAAUUUUCGUUUUGGAGUUUUGUUACAAGUUAAGCUUACGUAUUGAUAAUUCAAUUAUUAUUAUUAUUCAAUAUAUUAUUUAGUAUUCUGACAAUUAUAUUAAAUAAUAAUGUAGUUAGAUUCUUUAUGAAAUAUUUCAUAUAUAGUUAUUUAGAUAAGCAGGGACAGAAUUUUUAUUUAAUGAAAUUUCAUGUGUGGAGUUUUUGCAAAUGUCUCAUUGUGAGACAUUCACAACUUGAUUCUUGACCUCGUAACGUGUUUGCAACACCACAACCGACUGAUUCUUGACUACUGAAAAAUGAGGACUGACACAAAUUUUAUUAAUUUGCUGCACUGAGAAACCCGAUCGGAAGAUUCUGUCCCUGCAAUUAGCCGCAUACAAGUUUAAUCAUAGGAAAAUUAUAAUUGGCAUACACUUUUAAGUCUUUUAAAAUUAGUUUAGCGAUCGCAGAUAUGGAUGCGUAUUUUAAUCCUAUGAUUACUCUUUCCGAGAAUUAACAAGUAGUUAGUCUGAGGACAAAGUAUAACCAUUUCCCCUUAGGAAAGAUGGCAAAAACACGAUUAACAGCAACUAUUGGACUAAAUGAUAACACUAUAUAGAGACUUGUAAACAUUUAAACUGAGGAAGGAAACUACCGAUUGUUGUUUAGCUAGUUCAAUUUAUUUCUGUACUGAAUUCAAAAGACUUACAAGGAAAAGAAUAUUGCAUUACAUAUGACUGAGGCUUGCAAGACUUUGAAAAACAAACAACAAACAAAUCAUCAAAAUGUUUUUCAUAGAACUGACGGGAUCGAAAAAUAAUUAAAUGGCGUAAUUAUUUGUUUGUUUUCUUUUUUACCUAACGGCGCGCCCCGCUUUGUUGACGAGGGGGCGCACUAAAAAGUGCAAGACACGAAUUACUGAAUUUUGUGCUAUUGCUGACACCCCUGCCGGUCGCUUGCCUGAGUGGCCUUACAUUUAUUCGAUCGGUCGGGGGCAAGGCAAAGAACUGCUGCUGAAUCCAAAAGCGCCGACCGUCGGGGCAUCCAAUGUCCCCGAGCCGGCUCCACUUUUAUUUCGCCAUCUCACACUGAAUGAUGCUAAAAUAUUGAAAUUUGCCAACAAUAACUGUCUGAUCAGCCAACAAAAACCGCUGAUUUUUAGAUUCUUAAAAACGUAAUCGUAAGAAUAUUUCCCUCGGAAAGUUUAUGUAAUUAGCCAUUUGAAUUUUAAUGUAAGAGGUUUUGCAAAGGUAGAAACGUUCAGUUCAAAGUGCAUUCGUUCGAUUAGCCAAUUUAUGUUUCACCGACAGCUUGUUCGAUCCGAUUGUUUAGCAAAAUUUUUAAGAAAGUAAGUUCACGAGACACCAUUGCAUUGCUGAUACAACAAUAACAAGUAAUAUGUAAAUGUUAUAUAUAUGAUCAUUCUGAUAUACCUGUAUAAAAACAUUUAAUUGACUGCUGCAUGAUUGUCUGCCGGCGGACUGCACAGGGCGAGAAACUGACUUUUUCCGCCACUCUAGCUGCAAAUUGACUUUGCCUCCGGAGGAAUAAGUGCGGUCCGACGCUCGAACUACAAUAUAAAAUAGACUUCAUUUUUAAUUGUAUUGACUGCUAUAUAUUCAAAAUAAUUGUCGUUUUUCAUGACUGAGGAGCCACCAAUUCACUAAAAGAUUGUUUACAAAUAGACUCACACACACAACAAGAAAAUAUAAAUGUAUGAGAAAAAAAUCGCGUUUGCUGCAAUAAACAGACUUACUUAGUAGCAUGUUUGUUGCCAUAAAAGUGUAAUUUGUAAUUUUCCAUGGAUGGACGGUCGGCGGAGGAAGGCGCGUUUGUCUGCGGCUCCACCGUCGCCGACACACAUUUUGCUGCUAAAAUGCUACUUUGAAUAAAACAGUAAACAUGCAAAUAUACUGAUGUGUAAUUUGUAUUUUCUCUUGUGUCCGGAACAUUUAGAACUGCGUAAUGACUGAACAUGAAAAUAAAAUCUGUUUAACUAUCUCUAUAUAGUACUGAUGAUGUGUUAGUCUACCAGUAUGUAACUCGCAGCAUGUAAGCAAAUAAAAGUGUUUCUAAACA